AUGCAGAACAUAUUUAUGAAGCCUGUCCAAGCACACGUCUUUAAGGCACUAAAGGAUGUCGAUGUGGAAACUCUUCUCAAAUGUACAUCGGAAGAGAUAAGACCGAUCAUACCAUGUCUUGUUCGAAUGGCUCUAAUAUCGCCAUUAGAUGUUACUAGAUAUUGUGCGGAUGCCAAGAAAGAUAUUUUAACAUUGCUUUCUGGAAUAGACUUGGUCAACUUCAUAGUUUCUUUAUUAUCAAUUGAGUUUCAUGCAUUAGAAGUGGACCUUAAGAAAGAGCAACAAAUGAGACAGAAAAAUGGUUCACAAAACAUUGAGUCAUUUCUCAUACAGAAUAUUGUAAAUGGAAUAGCCAAUGACUUUGAACAAUCUGACUCAACCCGAAGGGUUCGGUUGGUGUUAUCUGAGUUGCUUCAAAUGCAAGCCCAAUCGGCUGAAUACAAUCAAAGUCGAAUGACCAACAAUGAAUGUACUAUUAAAUCUUCCGAGUUGUUUGAUAAUGAUGUGUACCUUGAGGAAAUUACGGACGUAAUCUGCAUUAGUCUUGCUGAAUUACCAAAUUUGUUAAACAUUUGUGACAUAGUUGAAGUUCUUUUAUAUGUUAAUAAAGGACCAAUAAUAAUAUCAUGGCUGGUAGCAAACAUGCCUGAUACACUUCAAGAUGUUGCAGAGUGUCUUGUUAUAAAUGCUGAAAGAGGGGAAGAAGGCGGUAUUAGAGCAAAAGCACUUUUAACUUUAUGUGAUAUGUGUCCUUACAUGGCAGCAUCUAUACGAGCUAAAGCUGCAUCUGUUUCACGUCUACCAUCCCUUUUGAUAAGUCUUACUCUGACACACCAUGAAGAUUUGAUAUCAUUUAUGUCAAGCCUCUUAUUAGGGUCAGAUCAAAGCACCAGAUCUUGGUUUGCACCUUUUUUACGAAACUCACAUAAAAGAGGCAAAGGGGAUGGUCACCAUGCGCUUAUAAAACUUCGUCAGGAAUUACUUAAUAGAUUAAAAGAAGCAUCUGCUGGUGUUGAUGCUUCUGCACUUCUCAGACUCUACUGUGCUCUAAGAGGAAUUGCAGGAAUUAAAUUUCAAGAUGAUGAAGUUGCUGGACUCUUAAGACUUGUUACUCAAAAACCACCCCCCACAGCAGCGGGGGUCCGUUUUGUGUCUUUGAGUCUAUGUAUGAUACUUGCUUGUCCAUCACUCAUGGCUGCACCGGAACAUGAAAAGAAAGCAAUUGAAUGGGUGCAGUGGCUUGUUAAGGAGGAAGCUUAUUUUGAAAGCAACUCUGGAUUUUCGGCUUCCUUUGGAGAGAUGUUACUUCUAAUAGCUAUUCAUUUCCAUUCUGGCCAAUUAGCUGCUGUUGGUGAAUUAGUUUGUGCUACAUUAGGUAUGAGGGUACCAGUUCGCCCCAAUGGCCUUGCACGUGUCAAACAAGCGUUUACUCAAGAAAUAUUCACGGAGCAGGUUGUAACAUCACACGCUGUAAAGGUACCUGUAACUGCGAAUCUCAACAGCAACGUUGCAGGUUACUUACCCGUCCAUUGUAUUCACCAAUUAUUAAAAUCCAGAGCAUUUUCCAAACACAAAGUCCCAAUAAAAAAUUGGAUAUACCGCCAAAUCUGCAACUGUACAGCACCAUUACACCCAGUUAUGCCUGCUCUAGUAGAGGUUUAUGUCAAUUCCAUCUUAGUUGUCAACAACAAAGGAUCCAAUGAAUAUUUUAAUCAGCCUAUAAACGAAGAGGAAAUUAAAAAAGUAUUUCGAAACUCGAUUUUUGGUGUUAACUUUGAUACGCAAAACAAAUCAUUUGCUCAAAUGGAAAUAGAUGGUGAAUCUUCUGUUGAUAUAACAAUAGAAAAGCCUACAUUAGCCUCACAACUACUUUUGAUCUACUACCUCUUGCUUUAUGAAGAUAUAAGGUUAACUAACGCAGCCAUGCUGAUCGCUAACGGUAGAAAAAUAAAAAGCUAUUCAACGGCGUUCCUCUCUGAGCUACCUAUAAAAUAUUUGUUGCACCAGGCACAAAAAGACCAAAUGAGCUAUGGUGGAUUAUUCAGUCCACUAUUGCGCUUGUUAGCAACACAUUUUCCACAGUUAUCGCUAGUCGACGAUUGGAUGGAUGAUCAAGUAUUUGGAGACUCUUGUCGUCAUCAAAUUGAUAUUAAACUAUCAGAACCACUGAUAGACGAAGCUUUCUAUAGUAUAGAAGUCAAUCCAUAUAAAACUGGCAAAGUUUUAAAAGCCAUGUUUAUCAAAAAUCCUACUGAAAUUUGGCCUUUUGCGGAAACGUUUGUCAAACAUGUAAAAAGCGUUUUGGGCGAGGGUGUUCCGAGACACAUACAAGAGCUCUACAGGGAAGUAUGGCUCCGGCUGAACACAGUGUUGCCACGAUGUCUUUGGAUAAUGACAAUUAAUGCUCUGCUAGACAUAAAUGGCGGUAUGAAGAAUGUUACAAUAACACAAGAAAACGUGCUCGUGGAUCCACUACAAGUAUUACGUUGUGACGUAAGAGUGUUUCGUUGUGGUCCUAUACUGAAAAUUAUUCUUAGGAUAUUAGAAGCAAGUUUAGCUGCCUCUAGAUGUCAACUGAGUCGUCAUUUGUUAGAUAAACCACUUUUGGAAAAAAGUGGCCAGUUAACUUCUGAUUCGGAAAGAGAAGAGCUUAAGAACGCCUUAGUAGCGGCGCAGGAGAGUGCUGCUCUACAAAUAUUAUUAGAGGCAUGUCUGGAGACCACUGAAGAUCAGUCAAAACCGGAAUUAAUGUGGUCUCUGAGGGAAGUCAGAAGUAUAAUAUGUUCAUUUCUUCAUCAAAUAUUUAUAUCAGAGCCCUCCCUUGCAAAACUUGUGCAUUUUCAAGGUUAUCCAAAAGAGUUAUUGCCAAUAACUGUUCAGGGCAUACCUUCAAUGCAUAUUUGUCUAGAUUUCAUACCAGAGCUGUUAAGCCAAGCAUCUUUGGAGAAGCAAAUUUUUGCCGUAGAUUUAGUAUCACAUUUGUCGAUACAAUACGCACUACCAAAAGCAAUGUCGAUAGCCAGAUUGUGCGUAAAUACCCUAUCCACACUACUAUCCGUGUUGCCCAGCGACUUGCGUUUAGAACUAUUUCAGCCCGUUCUUAAAUCCCUCGUAAGAAUUUGCACAGCUUUUCCUUCAUUGCUAGAAGACAUAACUUCAUUGUUAUUGCAACUGGGACGUAUAUGUGAGUCGCAAGCGUCACUGGGGCACUGUUGGAAUGAUACAAACAUUCUAGGCGAAGGCACAUAUAUAUAUUCAAGUGAACAGAGUGACACUAAAGUCCUUGUCUCGGAAGUGCUUUGUCGAGAUAUCAAAAGUACUAUGUCAGAAAUUGUACAAAAAGCUUUGUUAAAUGAUAAAUUAUACUAA